AUGGGGGAAGCAUGUGAGGCUGGAGAGCCUGAGCCAGCCCCCUCCCCUGCCUGCAGGUUGGCGCUCUACGUAUAUGAGUACCUGCUGCACGUUGGUGCCCAGAAGUCAGCCCAGACCUUUCUAUCCGAGAUCCGAUGGGAGAAGAACAUUACGCUGGGGGAGCCUCCGGGCUUCCUGCAUUCCUGGUGGUGCGUGUUCUGGGACUUGUACUGUGCAGCGCCUGACCGCAGAGAGGCAUGCGAGCACUCGAGUGAAGCCAAGGCCUUCCAGGACUAUAGCGCUGCAGCGGCUCCCAGCCCAGUGAUGGGGAGCAUGGCCCCCAAUGAUGCAAUGGCAUCAGGCCCCAUGGCACCCGGCUUCUUCCAGCCCUUCAUGUCACCGCGGUUCCCAGGGGGCCCCCGGCCCACCCUGCGGAUGCCGAGUCAGCCUCCCGUGGGCCUCCCUGGCUCCCAGCCCCUCCUCCCUGGCACCAUGGACCCCUCCCCGCGUGCUCAGGGGCACUCGAGCAUGGGCCCACUGCAGAGGGUGACACCUCCACGGGGCAUGACCAGCGUUGGGCCCCAGAGCUACGGAGGUGGCAUGCGGCCCCCACCCAACUCUCUUGCUGGCCCGGGUUUGCCCGCCAUGAGCAUGGGACCCGGGGUGCGUGGCCCGUGGGCCAGCCCCAGUGGCAACUCGAUCCCCUACUCCUCCUCCUCCCCUGGCAGCUACUCGGGACCCCCAGGAGGAGGUGGGCCUCCUGGCACACCCAUCAUGCCCAGCCCUGGAGGUACGAUGGUCUGGCCGGGCAUAGGGAGGGGUGUUCUCUAAUGAGGCCCCCUCACACC